UACUUUUUAUGAUGAAGCUACAGUUUAAGAAAAAAUAAUGAUAUUGUUGUACUGUACAUUGUAAUGCAUCAGAAAUGUGUUCAUGAAGAUUUAUAAAUGUACUACUCCGCUGUAAAACCCUUAAGAUGUUAUUGGUAGAGCGGAACGACACUACUACAUGAAUCAAUCCCACAGAGGGAAUUUCCAGUUAAACCUUUUUUUUCACACUAAAAAUAAGUAAAAACUGUAACCGAACUUCUAUAAUAGAAAAUGAUACUUUGUUGGGUUUAAUAAUCAGUUAACACGUAUCAUCCCACUGCUCUACGUCAUAAGUUUCUGAAAAUAAAGUCUAUCCCCCAGUUUAUUUCCUUUGUGUCAUUUGAAGUUAAGACAGGAAAUUGUCUGGUGGUGAAAAGACCUAAAAAAGAGAGAGUCCCGGCAACAUCACAUCCUUAUCUAUAUGGAGCAGAAUGUAGACAAUUUCUGAUGAGACUUCAGUUGAGUUGAUGUUCACGAUGACCAACACUUGCUGGGAGCUUCUCAAAGUGAAGAACUUUCUACAUGAAAACUGAUAAACUCAAGAUGAAACUUCUGGAAGAAAUACAAAUUUUGUUCCUGCUCAUGGUUGCUAUUGGCUGUCGCAAGGUGAGAUCAGAUCUCAGAGUGGUUUCUGCAGGAAGCACGACGACUCUAAACUGCGCGAAUGAGCCGGGAAAUGAAUUUAUCAUGUCUACUUGGAAGGUCCAUCGUGUAUAUAAGCCACCUUGCCACAUGGCAUUCACAAUGCAAGAAAACAAGACAUUCAAUGACUGCAAUAAUCGCACACACCAGUACAUUGGCACAAAAAGGGUGACCCUCACCAUCAAGAACAUUACACUUUCUGAUGAAGGAAAUUAUACUUGUGAGAUUGCAAAUGAAAGAGGAACUCCAACUAGUACAAUUGCAUUACAAGUGUUAGUGACACCAAUUGUUUUAAUAAGGUUAACCAGCUCCAGGUCUGCCGAGUGUCACGCAAUUGGAGGGCAUCCUGCCGCGACUAUAUGGUGGAACUCAUCAUUCCUCUAUGAAGUCACUAAUACAACUUCCAUGGAAGAAAACAAAACCACUACAGUAACCAGCACUUACACCUCGAAGGAGGACAAUGAGACUGAAGCAACGUGCAUUAUUCAUCAUCCAGCAUUCAAAAGUCCAGUAGUAUUAAAUAUCACAAUACCUGCCGCAGGAACGAAGAAAAUGUGGUGGGUGUCACUUCCAGUAGUAGUCGUUCUUGUGGUCCUUGUCAUCAUUCUCCUCCUUUGGAAGAGAUCCAGCCUCAGGAAUUUCUUUGCAAAUAAAAAAGAAGACACUUCUGGGCUGCAGGAAAACCCCGCUGUGAUUGUGGAAGAGGUGGAGCCAUAUGCCAGUUUUACCCAAAAAGUCAACACCAUCUACAAUUCUACCAGCGAGCUGUCAGAAGCAAAGGAGAAAAACUUGACUACAGGUGAUGGAAUGAAGAGGAUCUACUUCUGAAAUUGGAAAACACA